GUCCCAUGCUCUUAUACGGCCAUGGCUGCUGUUGAGUUGCUGAACCCUCCCUUUUCUCUGUCUCCACGAAGUUCCAUUCAGACAAGAGAGGGAAGGUAUGAAUCAAUAGAAGUAAUGGUCUGAUCAAUCAAAAGGCUGAGGGAGGUGUGGAGAUGGAAUUAGCUGCAGCUGCAACCGUGGCCAGCAGUGUGGCCAGCAAGAUCGCGCCGAAGCUCUUGGAUUUCUUCAAAAAAAAUCACAAGCUGCAAGCGGACCUGGAGCAUGAGAUCAAUUACAUCACAAGAGAGUCUGAGAUGAUUUCUGCCGCCAUUCGAGAAGAUGGCCAACGUCCCCAGAUGAGCGGCGAAGAGGUGCAUAAGGAGUGGAUCAAAAUGGUACGUGACUUAGCCUACGCCAUUGAUGACUGCACUGACCGCUUCAUACACCGUGUGACGAUGCCCACAGAUGCGUCAUGGGUCCGUCGGAAACUCCAUCGAUUGAGGACGGUGCAGGCAUGUAACGAGUUUGCAGCGGCAAUACUUCGUCUCAGAAAGACAUCCGAAGAUGCAUGCAUGCUCAGAACAAGAUACAUCACCAGUGGUGAGUGCAGACGUGGCGGUGGCAAAUCCAAUAUAUUGGAGUCAUCUGAUGAGGAAACAGACACUUUCGUCGCUGCUGUAGGUAUGGAGGCAGCCCGGGAUGAGCUCAUGGAGCUGAUAAUGGUAAGAACGACCAAGGAUGAGCUCAAGGUGAUCUCCAUUGUCGGAUUCGGUGGCAUAGGGAAGACUCUCCUUGCCAAGUAUGUGUACAACAGUCCCGCCGUUGUUGGCAAAUACCCAGCACGGGCUUGGGUCCGUGCUGCGGAGAAAGAUGCAGGGGAUGUUCUCCAGGAGAUACUCCGGCAACUUGGAGUGCAUUCCAUUAGUGAAGGAAUUGUAGGUAGCUCCUGCCGUCAGAGCAACAGAAAGCUUUGUGCAACCUUAAAAACGUGCCUUCACACCAUCAGGUUCUUCAUUGUAAUCGAUGACAUUCGGACCGAAUUUUGGCAUCACAUAAAAGAUGCUUUCCCUGUGAUUCCCGGAGUCAGCAACAGAGUUAUCGUUACGACGGCCACCCAGUCCAUAGCAAAUGCAUGCGCCUCUAAUGAUGGUGAUGUCUAUGUAAUGAGAACUCUAGAUGCGGAACACUCGAAAGAAUUAUUCUGCAAGGAAGCUUCUUUGGAGUAUCCACCACCACCUGGUGAUACGCAGCUCAGUUCAGAGGCACUAAGGAAAUGCAAUGGUCUACCCCUUGCUGUUGUUACCACUGCCCAGUUCUUACAAAGUAGAGGUAAUCCUGAAAGGUGGGCAUACCUAUGCGAAAACCUUGGAAAACAUCUGGAAACAAAUGAGAACUUAGCACGUAUGAAUCGUGUGCUCGUCCGUAGCUACACAAACCUUGAUAGCCAAGAUGUCAAGACCUGUUUGCUAUAUCUAGGUAUUUACCCAAAUGGACAUCCAAUUAGGAGGGCAAGCCUGGUAAGAAGAUGGUUAGCUGAAGGGCUCAUCACAGAAGACCCUAAAUGCCGUACCCUCGAUACUGCUAUUGAUAAUUUCGAUAUGCUUGUCAACCAGAGCAUAAUCCAACCUAUUGAUGCCAGCAGCGGCAACAGAGCAGAGGUGAAGCUAUACAGAACUCACGGAAUUAUGCUCGAGUUCAUCCUGCACAAGUCCAUGUGCGAGAACUUUGUUACCUUGUUAUACGAUAAUGGUUCCCUACCCAGUAAUGUCCGAUGGCUUUCACUGCAUAAUAAAAGUGCUGCAAGGUCCAAAAUGAAUCCAAAGGACUUGCGUCUUGUACGGUCUCUCACAAUCUUCGGUGACGUGCACAAAUCUGUUUUGGACUUUUCCAAGUAUAAACUGAUGCGAGUUUUAGAUCUAGAAGGAUGCUGUAACCACUUGGAGGACAAGCAUCUUAGGGAGAUGUGCACCAACUUAUUGCUUCUCAGGUACCUAAGCCUUGGGGCCGCUGUUACAGUUACGGUGCUUCCCAAAGAAAUCAAGAAGCUUCAACAUUUGGAGACACUGGAUGUAAGAAGAACCAGUAUAGAGAUGCUGCCCAAAGAAGUCAUGGAGCUCCCAUGUCUAGUUCAUCUGUUUGGAAAGUUCAAGUUCCAGCACAAAGUAGGAGGCCGGAGAAUGCAUAAGCUACAGAAUUGGUUGUCAGAGAAUAGCAAAUUGGAAACGGUAGCAGGGUUUGUUGUGGACAACAACAGCCAGGGAUUCACACAGCUCAUGGAGCAUAUGAAGCACCUGACAAAGGUGAAAAUAUGGUGUGAGUUCACCGCUGAUACCAACAACAACUUAAGUUAUCUCUCAAAGGCCAUCCAGGGGUUCAUCGAGAGAGGCACCCAUCUGAAAGAAGCUCGCUCACUCUCACUGAACACGAAUGACAAAUGGUCUGAAUACUUGCUGAAUUUCUCCCUGGAAAAGGAUUACUCCUACUACCUUAGGUCACUGAAGCUACAAGGGAACAGCAUGUGCAGCCAGCUGCCUCCGUUUGUUACCAUGCUAGGUGGUCUCACUAAGUUAUGUCUGUCAUUCACUGGCAAUCAUAGGCUGAGCGGUGACACUCUUGCUGCCCUGAGCAGAGUGCGCAGCUUGGAGUACCUGAAGCUGAUUGCAACUCAACUGGACAAGCUUGUCAUCAAACCAGGUGCACUCAGGAGCAUGCGACGUCUAUGCGUCUUGGUGGAAGUCAUGACUGGGCUGGAAAUCCAAGAUGGUGCUAUACCGCGCCUCGAGUCGUUCUGGCUGCUAUGUAAGGAUCUAAAUGGCUUUAGCAGCACAACUAUCCAGUCCCUGCCACGUCUUAAGGAGGUCACCCUUCAUGAUGGAGUGAGUGACAAAACAAAACAUGAGUGGAAAAAAGCAGCAAAGAACCACCCCAAACGUCCAAAGCUCUUGUUUGUCAAGACGAAACUGAUGGGAGGUGAGCCUGCUGUGGAAAUAUCCCUUGCGGUAACAGCUAGUGAUGUGACAACCGACGAGGUUGAUGUGGGAAGUGAGCCUGCCGUGCAAAUUAACCCUGUGGCACCACUUACUGGUACAAAGGCCAAAGAGGCUGCUGUGGAAAGUGAGCCUGUGGUGGAAAUUAGCCCUGUGGCACCAACUACUGAUAUGGCAACUGAAGAGGUUGCUGUGGAGAGAGAGCCAUCAAUGGAUAUUAGCCCUGCAGCACCAUCUACUGAUAUGACGGCUAGAGAGGUUGCAGUGAAUAGUGAACCUGCGGUGGAAAUUAGUCCUGUGGCAGCUACCGAUACGACGACCGAAGAGGUUGAUGUGGAUAGUGAACCUGCUGCGAAAAUUAUAACUGCGGCACCACCUACUGCUGUGACGUUAUCAGUGACAAAGCAGUCUCCCAUUUCUACUGGAGAAUCUGUACAAGUUGAUGGUCAACAUGAUGAUGAUGGUGAUGAUGAUGAGAAAGAAGAAAUGGACGACACUGAGGACCCAAUGGAUUUUUCUGACAAAAAAUGUCUGAGCACUCAGGUGAUAAAGCAGAUGAACAAUGAAAUUUCUACAGAGGAGACGGAAGGAGUAGAUGGUUUACAGGAUUAUCAAAUGGAUGAUGGCAACCAGAAACGAGGAUUACAAAACAAACAGUGCCUGCGCGCGAGGUUGUCGUCGCUGAUGGCAAUCAGGGUAUUUCGCCAAAGAGCUAAAGAGGGGCGGUUGGUUCCUCGUCUGGGUUAAUCUUUCCCAGGACAGUACUGAGGAUUUCUUUGAGUGCCAGGUUGGAAGAACGAACCGGACCCCAUGGAUAUCUUUGCUGUUUCGACAGCUCGUCUAUCUUUAUAGCCUUUAGCAUGUUCAGCCAGGGCUCCAUGUAUGGCCUGUAAUAAAGGCCCAACAUGGUGUUAUCAGUUUCUCAGGCUCUAAUGGUGGACUCUCAGGUGUUGGGUAUACCAGACUGCUACAACUAUGGACUCAUCUCCUCAAGAUGAUGAAGUCGCUCCAAUAAGUUUCUCCUGAAUGCACAUGGUUUAUUUUUCAUUAA